UCGAGGCGCGAUAGUAAAUUAAAUUUCGGGCGUCGAUUUGCGGCGCGAAACUGUAACGACAACUUUUAGUAUAAUUUCUCACGCCAAACAAUGUCCGGUCGCGGGGGUGGCAGAGGCAAGCGGAACGUGGCCUUCAUCAAGCCGGACGAGCCGGACUUUCUGAAAGCGAUGAAGGCCCAAAUCGGCUACCGGGAAGGACCGACGGUGGAUGCAAAGCGCCAAAGGGUACAAAAUCUGGAGGAUUCCGACGACGACGAACGGGAAGAUCGCGAGGACGAGAAACCGCAAAUCGUGGUCGUCAAGGACGGUGAUCUGACGGCGGAACAAGCGGCCGUGGCGCAGAAAGAAGAGGAGGAGAAACCGGCCGACCUGAACCAGAAGAUUGUGUUCAAGUCGAAAAAGGGCAAGGCCGGCGCAAGCUUGGACGACGUCCAGAUGCUGGACCGGAAGGCGAAGAAGAAAAAGGAAAAGGAAGCCAAAAGUAAGCUCUCGUUUGGCGAUGACGAGGACGAGGAGGAGGAAGAGGAUGAGUAGUUUUUAGCUAUGUUUUUUUAA